AUGGACAUCACAGAUAAAUUUUUUUAAAUAGCUGGAACAUCUUCAUUAAAAUAGAGUAUCUAUGAAAGCGAGUCUGACUAUUUUAAUAGUUACACAUAGUAGAUAUAUAGCAUGGUCAUUACAAUAAUCUAAUUUAUGGAAAUACAGAAGGACAAAUAUAUUGCUAAAUCAAAUCUGUAUGGACAUCCUUUUUCUGAAAAGGAGAGAGAUGAUUUUGACCAUGAAGUGCAAACUAAAAUUAGUUUAUGUUCGGAGAAGAUAAAGGGUAUUUAAGAGAUGCUGAAAUUAUCAAAAACAAAGACAGAAUAUGCUCAUAAAGAAAUAGUGUUAGGGUGUCUGAUUUGUGAAUUAAAUAAGGGUAUUCUUCUAUUCAAGGAAUUUAAACUAUUUCGACAAAGACAAAAGGAAAGGAUUUCAUAGUUGACAAAAUUGAGCAAAGUGAAUUCCAAGAUUGAUAAAAGGUCAGAAGGAUAAGUUCCAGUUUCAAGUGAAUAAAAAAACGACCCUCUUUAUCAGGAGAAUCAACAAUUAUUAAAGAAAUACGAUAAUGAAAUGAAAGAUAUUCUGAGUAUUCAACAGUAAAUCAGGGACAUUUCAUCGUCUCUAUAGAGAAUGCAAGAGAUAAUUGCUCAUCAGGAGAAAUUAACAGAGGAAAUAAUGAUUUAAGCAAAUGAAAGUUUGUUAAAUAUAGAAAAAGGAAAUAAGCAUUUAAUUAGUGCAACGAAAAUGAAUGAAUAACUUGGAACGAGAUGGGGUUUGCUGUUUUUCUUAAUGGGGAUUAUAUUGUUAAUUUAUGAUUAUAUAAAUGCUUGA